AUGAUAUUAUUAAAUCCGUUCGGACGAUUCGUGCAGACGGGCCGUGUGUGCCUGGUUAACGAUGGUGCCAAUAAAGGAAAAUUGGUCACAAUUGUUGAUGUUAUUGACCAAAACAGAGUUUUAGUCGAUGGACCUCAAUCAAAAAUCCCAAGAGGCCAGAUGAGAUUGAGUGAACUUCAUUUGACAAAGUUUCAACUCAAGUUCCCAUUCACUGGAUCUACGAGAGUUGUACGCAAGGCUUGGGAUGCUGCGGAGCUUGAAAAAAAGUGGAGUGAAACAGUCUGGGCUAAGAAAGCCGCAGCCAAAGCAAAGCGUUUGACACUCAGCGAUUUUGACCGCUUCAAGUUGCGAAAAGCUCGUCAAAUCCGCAACAAGCUCAGAUCCGACGCUUUUUUCAGGUUGAAGAAAGUUAGCAAGAAGACGAAGAAAGGAGCAGCAACUAAAGACUCUAAAAAAACAGAAAAGAAAUCCAAGAAGUAA